GUAUACAUGCGGUAUAAAAGCACCUAAUUAGAACUUUAGGGUUUUUCUUCAUCCUUCUACGGCGGAAGCUCCUUCUCCACUCGCAGCAACUCGAAUCUUUGCCCUCGGCAACUCCCUCCUCUUCAGAUUCGAUGGCCCCAAAGAAGGAGAAGGCUCCUCCUCCAUCUUCCAAGCCUGCCAAGUCUGGCGGUGGUAAACAGAAGAAGAAGAAGUGGAGCAAGGGAAAGCAGAAGGAGAAGGUGAACAACAUGGUGUUGUUUGACCAGGCUACCUACGACAAGCUCCUCUCUGAGGCCCCUAAAUACAAGCUCAUCACUCCUUCCAUUCUAUCUGACAGAUUGAGGAUUAAUGGAUCACUUGCAAGGAGGGCAAUUAGGGAAUUAAUGGCAAGAGGUUUGAUCAGGAUGGUAUCUGCCCAUGCAAGCCAGCAAAUUUACACCAGGGCGACCAAUACUUAGCUCAUUUACAGGAGAAACAUCUGAGGCUACUUUCCUGGGGCGACAUUAGAUGUGGGCCAUUUACAUGAAAGCCAUGUUGUCACGGAGUAAGAUUGUGCAGUGGAAAGAUUACCCGUUGCUGUGUUGGCCUGUUGCACAGGGCUCGAUGAAUGGCUAUACCAAGGUCAGUGGCAUUUGAUCAUGACCUCGUGUGCAGGCCCAGAGUUCUCGUUUGCCCUUUCUAGUCCGUGGGAGGCGUUGCUUAUAUGUCAAAGGGGGACUGUACCAAUGUUGAUGUGUUAAGCAAUUGUUGGACCUUGAAUACUGUGUGCUUGGACAAAGGGAUAGGACAUGGGGUUGGUAAGGAAUAGGGAUAUGCUUCGGCCAACUUGCAAACUCCUGUUUAUCUGUACUGUGCAGUGUUAGUUCAUGCAGUCUCUAUGAGCAAUUAACCACGUAGCUAAUCCGGGCCAUCUUGCAAGGGACAGUCUUGAGAGUGUUAAGUUCAGAUAUCCAAGGAGGUAGGGAUAUUUAUGAUAAUGCAACUCAAUGUAGGGCCCUAACUGUGGUUAGACUUAAUGAACGCCCACUGUUAUUACAUUCUGCAAUUUAUUUCCUUAUUUUGAUCU